UUCAAGAAUGUUUACAAGAACAUUUGGGCCCUGCAAUUUUCAAAGGGACAAGAACAUUGCGGGCCCAUUUCUUACGACGAUUGUGAUUUUGAAUAUGUGAGAGCAUAUCUGCUGCAAUCGACUCUGCGGAAUUUUCCGAAGACUAGUUUUUUCUUGAGUUGUAGAGAUAUGGACUAGAGCUCAGAAAUCGUCAAUAGAGGAAAUUGGUUCGAGAACUGUUUCCUCUACGGGCGAUUGUUGGAUGCUGCAAGCGGGGGCGAGUCGUGGAGUUGAAGAAUGAAGCGAUUUUUCCAGCCAGUGGCGAAGAAUGGGACAGCCACCAAGAAGCAGGCAGUUGAGAGCAAGGAGCUCAAUGAUGUAACCGAAAGUGCUGCAGCGGAAGCAGAGAGCGGGAAUGAGGCGAAGGAGCCUUUAAGGUUUCUCUCUUGGAAUGCGAACAGCUUUCUGCUGCGCCUGAAAAACAAUCGAACGGAGUUUGUUGAUCUUAUUAGAAGCUUCGAUCCUGACGUUAUUGCAAUACAGGAGGUCCGACUGCCAGCUGCAGGCAGAAAAGGUGAGAGUAAGAAUCAGGGGAUCAUCAAGGAUGACACGAGCGCAGCUCGUGAAGAAAAGCAGGCUGUUAUGCGAGCUUUGUCCGUCUCACCCCUUUCGGAUUAUCAAGUGUGGUGGUCGCUAGCCGAUAGCAAAUACGCCGGCACUGCCCUUCUUGUCAAACAUUGCUUCAAACCCGUUUCGGUCAAAUUCUCUCUCGAAUCAGGUGCCUCACGAGAUACACACGUACCGGAUGGAAGAGUUAUUCUUGCUGAGUUUAAAACCUUUCGGCUGCUUGUAACAUAUGCUCCCAACAAUGGCUGGAAAGAGGAGGAAACUAGCUUUCAAAGACGUAGAAAGUGGGACAAGGCCUUGCGUAAAUUUGUUUCACAGGAGUCCAAGAAGCCUCUGAUAUGGUGUGGGGAUCUCAAUGUCAGUCAUCAAGAUAUAGAUGUUAGUCAUCCAGACUUUUUCCGGACUGCUAAACAGAAGGAUUACACACCUCCAAACGCAGAGGACGUUGGACAACCAGGCUUCACAGCAGCAGAGAAGCAGCGGUUCUCCCAGAUUCUGAAAGAUGGUGGUCUGGUGGACUCCUAUCGAUGGCUGCACAAAUCUCAAGACUUCGAAAAUGGCUUCUCAUGGUCUGGGAAUGCCGUUGGAAAAUAUCGAGGAAAGCGUAUGAGAAUAGACUACUUUCUGAUAUCAGAGCAGCUCGUUGGGAGGUUGCUGCACAGUGAUAUCCAGGGAUCAGGAAUUGACCAUAAAGGGUAUUGCGGAAGUGAUCAUUGUCCAAUAACGUUGGAAUUGUCACCAGCAACAUCAACAGUGCCAGCUCAUCUACCGCAUGUUUCUUCAAUAGAUACUGAUUCUACAACAGGCAUUGAUGUAAAAGAAAUCACACCAGAGGGAGUCUGCCCAUAGACUCUUCUGACCAAGCAGUUGCGUUGUCCUUCAAAAUCAUUGGACGGGAUGAACUUUCUAACAACGGCACAAUCAUCUCACCUCCCAAGAAGUACAAGUACUUGAUGUGGGUUGGAUGCAUUUCUGCAGUUUUCGGGACAGGAGAAUGGUUCUUCAGAGCAUGUUAGUUCAUAGCAAAUUUAGAGCAGUAGUCAAGUAUUCGCUACAAAUGUGAAGUAUCUCAACAACAGAGUCUGAUGGAUCCAAGAAAUUUUGAACAAAACUCCCUGAGUCCUAAUUCUCGCCAAAUCUUUGCAGGUCCUGAAAGAAGUAAAAAGAAGGUGCCUUCCGCGCAAUUAGGACAUUUUGUACAUACUAUCGUGCGAAGUCUUUACAUCUGUAAUGAAAUGCACCAACCAGAGGCUGCUGGAAGCUUCGUCAUCAUAAUCUUAGCAAAAGAAAAUAGCCCACUUCAUCCACACUUCAGGAUCGUUCGAUCCAAAUAAUGAAAAGUCCGGAAUUGGUGUGAUGUCUGUGUGGUUCAAUUUAUGUACCACACAUACUGACAGUCAAAAACAGUCCAAGACACAUAUAUGAAAUUCAGAAGUGUUUGUUCAAUAGAAUUAACGAACUGUAUAGGAGGAUUGAAGUGUACAAAAAUUGCAAUAAAGAUUUACUCAAUAGAAUAAAUCGUAGAAUAA